UUAAGAUGCAGGUCACCUUGUUCUUCUAAUUAACAGGUCCAAGAAUAUUAACAAUACAUGCUGAACUGAAGGACCAAGAUGGCAUCUAAUGUUACAGCUCAAUCAGUGUUGGAGAAGAUUAAUGUGGAUCAUCUGGAAUGCUCCAUCUGCUCCAACCGUUUCAGGCAGCCCAAACUGCUGGACUGUUUGCAUAGUUUUUGCCUGCAAUGCCUCCAAGAGCUCAGACAGAGCCAAGAUCCUAGUGGUACAAAGCUGACAUGUCCUCUGUGCAGACGUGACACCAUGUUGGAAGGGUCUGGGGUUGCUGAUCUCCCUAAUAACUUUGCAUUCAGUGCCCUGGUGGAGGAAGUUACAAUGCAGGAAAAGCUACUGGAAGGUCAAGGCUCAGACAUCAAAUGUCAAAACUGUGAUGAGGAGAAUCAGGCUAUUUCAAGAUGCAUGGACUGUGAUCAUUUCCUCUGUAAAAAAUGUCAUAAGGCACAUGGACGUAUUGCUGUCGUGAAAUCUCACAAAAUAUAUACACUGGCCCAACUUCGAUCAGGAGAGAUUGUCUACAAGAGUAAACUAAGAGAAGAAGUUCCCAAAUGUGGUAAGCAUCCAGAUCAGAAUCUCAAUGUCUACUGCAACACAUGUCAGCAAGUCAUAUGUACAACUUGCUCGGUACUUGACCAUGCAAAACACUCCCUCAUUGGACUACCUGUGGCUUUUGAGAAAUGUAAGAAAAAAGUUAAAGAACUUGUUGCAAGAGUUGGUAAGAAUAAAACAAACCUGAACAACACCAUUGAGAAGACUUGCAAAUCUCGUAAGAAACUCAAUACCAUGUUUGCAAACACCAGAAAGAAAAUCACAGAGAAAGCUGACCAAGAGGUUGCCAAGAUCCGACAGGAGGAGCAGAAACUGUUAAAAGAGACUGACAGGAUUUAUCAAAAAAGAGUAACAACAUUUGAUGCAGCUCAAUCCAAUAACAGCAAAGAUGUGACCCAGACAAAGCACAAGCUGAAGGAGGUGAAACAACUCAUGAAUCAAGCAAGUUGCUAUGAGAUUCUUGAACUUCAGCAGAAACUCGUGCAUAACCUCAGUGAAUUGACAGGGAAACAGCCACAGCAGGUUCCUGACAAGUUGACCUUCAUGGACUUUGAAGAAGGUGAGAGGUCACUUGGGAGACUCAUUCUGAAAGAAGAGCCAAAGGCUGCAGCAAAGCAAUCACCAAGACCUGCAAGAUCAUGUGUGAAGGAGAAAUGGGAACUGAAGACUGAUAUCAAGAACUUUGAAUUAGGAAAUACACGGCUACGACAUGUGUCAGCACUCUCUGACAAUAACAUAGUAUUAACCAAUUUGAAAAAUACACUAUUCACAGUAUCACUGACCAAUAGUCAACAUACACCAUCUCCUAUCCCACAAAGGCUACAAAUCAAUGGCCUCACUGAUGAUGUAAGGUGUACUGCAGUGAGUAAAGAUGACAAGCUCCUUGCUCUAGAUGGUCCAGUAGUCAAGGUCUUCAACAGGCAACAUCAGCUCCUCCAUCAGUUCACACCAGGUAGAGGGUCAGACAGCCAACCAACAUGCCUUGCAGUGGAUGACAGCAAUCUGAUAGCAGUGGGUUAUGAAGAUGAGGAGGAGAUAUCUCUACACAACCCAGAUGGAUCCCUCAUCAGGAGACUGCCUGCUCCAAUGGUUGGAGGUUAUCUGGCAAUGUACAAUCACCGCCUUUUCUACACAACAUUUCAGAACAAAAAGUUGGUUUGUGCAGACUACUAUGGUGCCAGUGUAUUCUCAGUAGAACUGACCAGCAACAUGCAGGGGGAUUGGCACCCUACUGGUGUGUGCUGUGACAGUGAUGGCAGCAUCUAUGUUGCUGUGGGUGGAUAUUCAACAGGUUUUAUUCUGCAUUAUAGUCCUGAUGGCAAGUACAUUGGAUGUGUGAUCGAGGGAUGUGGUUCUCCACGUGGCAUCACAUUCACAUCAGGUGGUGAUCUGGUAGUGGCUGCAGGACUGUCUGUAAAGGUCUAUCACCGAGUGUAAGGAAAGAUUAAUUAAACUGGGGCUAUCCAGUGUAUCCACCAACCACUUCCAUCAGACAUUGAAUAUUGUUAAUUAUCACUGAAAAGAACCUUGAAGUUCAUCUCUCGAAUAAGACAUUCAACAAUAUUCUAUAUUUGGUUUAUUUCUAAGGUAUUUGCUCUCCGUACGUGUUGACUCUCAUACCUCAACCACUUCCCCUUUAAAAAAUCUUGGACUUUAACACCCGCUCUACUUGCUACUUCCUAUAAAAUCACAGAUCUGGGGGCCCAAUAAUGACAGCAAAGAAAUGACCCUUCACAUUGUUUGCAAAUAGGGCAGAUUGCACAUUUUAAAAUUAUUAAAAAACGAGAGGGAAAAUAUUACCACGAGAGGCAAUUC